UUGCUUUCACUCCAGAAAGAGGUGACUUUCUUAGACAGACAUUGUUCUCCAAGCACCAUCUUCAGCACCAGAUGCUCCAUGGAGGGAUUCACCCACACCAGACCUUGCACCUUGCUCUCUGAAGGGCAGAACUGCAUAAGGAGCAUCUGUGUAACUGCUUGGGAUGUGUUGACUAAUUGGGAGGGGUCAUGCAGUGUUUGUUGCUGGGACAUCAAACAUGAUAAUUUAUACCUACCAGGCUUUAAAAUUGGCCUCCAUCCUUACCCCAGGUUAACAGUGGUCCAGCCCAAAUUCAGCCACUGGGUGGGCAUUGCUGUCCAAUGCUGUUGGCUAGAAGAGAAUGCUUGAAUGACUUUGGCACGGUGUGCUCCAGCCCUGCAGAGGGAAAGUUAAGAUUUUGUUCUGAAUAUUUGUCUCCACGGGGUGCCUGUUAGCUCUGUGUUUUUAUCUACAGGCAUAUAACCCCACAGUUCAUGACUGCAAUGCCAGGUGCCAGCACAGUUCCAGUGGAAAACCACCGUACUGAAGAAAUGGUAACCCGGUGCAUUGUGGAGGUUCUGUCCAAUGCUCUGUCUAAGCCAAAUGCACCUCCAAUUAAUCCUGAAUGCAAAGAAAUCCUGAAGAAGAGUGAUAAAAAUGACAGAGAGAGAAGUGAAAAUGAACAGCCUGAAGUGAGGCAUCCCCAAGACCCAGCAGAGACUGAAAAGCAUCCUUCUGGGAGCAUGGAAAAAGAACAAAGGCAGGCAGAAGAGGAAUCUAAAAAGUACAUGGAAGGAGGUGAUGAGGAGAAACUUGCUAAUGGGCAAGGUAAAAGCAAGGAGGAGGAUGCUGGACACCACACACCUGCUCAGGAUGAGACACUUCACAUGGAAGAAAAAAAGCACUACCAGGAAAUUAGGAGAGAGGAGGAGAGGAAUUACCACAGUGAAGAGGAAAGCAAAGAGGGCAAGUGCUGUGAGGAUGUAGAGGCUGCUGUUCUCACCAAGAAGUCCCACUCUGAGGGCAUGAGCAUGGAUGAGUUCCAUGGUGGGAAUGAUCAGAGCCCCAGGGGCCACUGGCACCUGGAGGAGGGAAUGCAGAGCCCUUCCAAACAAAUUCGGGGAGGUGAAGAGGGAGAGGAAGAAAGGAGUGAGAAAUACCACCACGAGUCUCAGGAGCGUGGUUUCUCCCAUCAGCAGGAGCAUGAAGAAUCUGAGGAGAGUGAAGAAAGAGAGGAGGGAAGGGAACACUUCAAAGCCAAAGGUUAUCAUGGGAAGCACAGGGCAGGUGACUCCUAUGAAGAGAAGAGGGGCCAUGGUGGAGAGAGGGGGGAACCAGCAGGGGGAUCACACCCAGGGGAGGCCAAUCUCUGGGAGCAGUGGAAGCACCGUCAGAAACAUCAGGAAGAGUCUGAGGAGAAGGGUGGCUCUCCUGGGAGGCGUGGGCCCGAGGAGCUGCAGGAGGAGAGGCCUGCAGAGCAGGGCAGUGAGGAGCACAGGGACAGCUGGCAGCAGAGCCAGGAGAGCAGGGAAGAGGAAAACAGGAGGCACCACCACAGCGAGGAGAGCAGUGAGAAGUGGCUUGAGGAGAGGAGGCAGCACGAUGGGGCCCACCAUUCUGGGGGGAGGAUGCACCUGGCUGAUGAAAACGAGGAGGAGCUGGCCAGGUACCUCAGCGAGGAGAAGCAGCGCCGUGCUGGAGGGAGAGCCCGCUUAGGGAACAGGCAACAGGAAGGGUCCCAGAAGGCUCGAGAGCACAAGGGGCAGGCCAGCAGGCACUACAGCACUGAGGACAGCCUGGAGGAGGAGGAGGAGGUGGAAAAGAAGCAUCGCAGCAGUGACCAGGUGGGAAAUGAAGAGGAGGAAAGGUUUGCAGAGGGAGAAGAGUACAGAGGCCAUCUCCCUGCAGAGAAAGAGAAGAGAACCGCAGCAUCCUACAGGCCUUUCUACCCACUGCUGUGGUGGAAAAGCCAGCACUUGGACAAAAGGGACAGUGCAGGGGAGCAGCUUCUGGAGGGCAAGGAGGAAGGCAGGCCUGCCCUGAGUGAGAAGAGCCUUUUCCCUGAAUACAAUGACUACGAGUGGUGGUCAGAAAAGCAAAUCCAGAGUGCUCUGAAGCACAGGCGCACCGAGAAGAGGAAUCCUGGUAAAACGAACAGAUACGAUGUGGAAAGGCAGUACAACAAGAUGGAUCAACUCGCACAACUUCUGAACUACAAGAAGAAGUCAGCUGAACUCCCAGGGCUGUACAGCUCUGGAGAAGACCUGAAGAAGCGUCACGUGGCUGGGAAUGACAGAAGGAGCCGAAGCCAGAGGCCCCUGACAGAAGAGGAGGAAAAGCAGCUGGAAAACCUGGCCACCAUGGAUCUGGAGCUGCAGAACAUAGCAGAGAAGAUCAACAGCCUCAGGAGAGGCUGAAUGUGUUCUGUGGUAAAGUCACUGCCACUGGAUUGUUGUUUGCCCUAAACCCAGGAAAUUCUAUUCACUGUCCACUCUUGUGUAGUGAUUUACACAGCUGAAAGUGUCUUUCAUUUGCUGUUAUGCUCCUGAGACCUGAAUGGCAUGAAUUUUAGUAACAUAACCUUUCAUGUGGGCAGGUAUUUUUAAUAUGCUUUUGGAGACAAUUGUGUUAGUGUUCUUCAGGAAUAUAGUUGUCUGAGUUUGCAAUAAUAAAAACCAUUGAUCUUGGACCAAA